AUUAUUAAUAAUUGCCGACAUUGCAUGAGCAGGCAAUUGAGACAGCUAGACACCGCGUCGACGCGUCUGGCGUACAUGGACAUUAUUGGUGGACCACGAGGGUAAUAACCGCUGAUGUAGCAUCAACACUAACGGUGUUUCGAAGACUACCCAAGUCACUUGAGCCACUUCCAAGUCGAGCAUUGCGAUCCUGCCUCAAAGGUUGCAAGCACUUCAAAGAUCUUCUUUCGCGUCCAGCGUGGCGACUAGCCCUUUGGACAAGCCACGCAGAUGGAAUCGCUCUCGUCGCUCCCAGCCACAAAUACCAUCGGCGGCACCGCCAUCCUGGCGUCCAAGCCCAGGUUUGAAAUCCACCACGCCGCAGCGGGAGCAACAUGUUGCCUUGCCGCACUUCAAAGGCUCGUCCGAUGCAAAUCGCCACCAAAGCUUCAACCCGUCACGAUGAAACGAUCGCUCGUAAAAGUGCCGUCGCAAUGCGACGACGAGCAGAGAGCUCGUGUCAUGCUGAUCGCUGCUUGGCACAGCCGAGUCUCGGAGAAGGUGACAACUUCUCCACAGAGGCUGCGUUCGACGGAGAUCUUAACUUUUGCUGCACAAGGGACCGAGGUUACGAACCCAUCGCGCUGUUCGAUGCUGGGUGAGCUCCUCUGCAGCAACUAGCGCGAGUGAUCGGAUCAGAUCAACCGUCUUCGCCGCAGGUAUUGGAUCAGGCUUCGUUGUUGCUGAGGGUGGAGUUUUAAAUUACGAGCGAUCUACAUGUACGUGGGUCAAUCGGUGUUAUCGAUUCUCGAGCUUUCGUGCGGUCACAAUAUACGUCGCCACGGUAGAGAGAAAAGAAGUUCGUUGCAAUGGUGCAUGCCCGAGCCGAACGUGCGCGCACCGUGGUGGCGACCACGGCGUGAGAACGAUACAGAUGAAAGUAUCCAUGGGAAUGGAGGAGAGUUUUCGAGACGAACGUCUACUACUUUAAGCAAUCGGCGUCAAUCCGCAACAAAACUUUUGGUGAUUUCGCGAGAUCCCAAACACGCCACUGGAGUUUUUAACUUGCACAAUUAUUGCUUGACGGAAUUUAGUUUUCGUACUUAAUGUUAUCCGGACAAUUUUGCUUUUUGAGAAUCAAAACAAUUAUUGUGUUCACUGACUGGUGCACAAG